AUGUUUGGCGAGCACGAGUCGGAAAGCCCUCGGGUUCCUAGCCCAUGGGACCUAUUCCUACCGUCUCCCCCAGACGGUACCCCGCCUCGAUCAAGCCCACCGCUGCAUAAUGGCAUACCCAAGCUCGUACCAGAGGUCGAAGAGGGCAACGUUGAGUACAAGCUCAAGCUUACCAACAUAUCCAACGCCCGCUUCGCCCGUUUGGUUACUCAACUUAAAUGGCGCCUCCUUGAGGGCGGUGGCCAGGCCUACUACGAGCUCGGCGUCGCAGACUCUGGCGCAUUGAUUGGUCUCGCCCGCUCUGACCUCGAGGAGUCUCUGGAGACCCUCGAGAUGAUGGCGGGCGAAAUCGGCGCGUCGGUCAUCGUCGUCAAAGAGAUCGAGGUCCCACCCACGAUAGCGGCCCUCGCCGACAAAGAGUCGGGCCUGCACGACCCCGACACUGGCGACUGGAACCGCAAGAUGAAGCACCGUGCUCAUCCAGCCGACGAAGACUAUUCCACUACCGCAACUGAGACCGAAACAGACCUGACGACCGACCUCACCGACUACGACGAUAUCGCAUCGUCCGUGUCCAGCGGCCGCACGCCUGGCAUUGCCACUCCCACCUCCGUGUACGCCCGGACGACGGCAAUCGUGCACCGCCCGGUCCGCACGAACCCGGAGCGUCCCACAGCCCAGUCUUCUCCCUUCAUUACUCCAAUAGACGACGAUCUUGCGUUAUUCUCAAUGGAACCCGAGCCCGCGUUCCGCGACGACGCGCCCACGAGCGGCACAUACGGCGACGACGAGCUCGAACUCGAGCUCGGACCCCCGCGUCACUCGUCGUACGCCGGCCUCGAGAUAUCCGCCGUCUACAAGCCCCGCCCUGUUCGGCACCGCAUCCGCCCAGGGGCUUCGGCCGCUCUGGGCGCGACCGCUGGCAGGCACGGGAAGCGAUACAGCAAGCCCAAGGAGAAGAAGGUGCAGCCGUGGCAUCAGCACGUCGCGAACGCCAAGGGCGCGAAAGCGACGGCGGAGCCGCAACUCAGCAAAGAGGAGAAGGCGCUGCAGCGGCGGGUCGCGCGCGAUAAGAAGCGGGAAGAGAAGCGUGCGGCCCUGAUCGCCCGCGCUACCGAGGGCGAGGCGGGAGUUGUGGGCGCGAUCGCUGAGUUCCCCGCAUCGGUCCCGCUGGAUACGGCGGGCCUAGCGCGGGACUUGGCGACGAUGGCGCUGGCCGCGGAGAUCGGGCAGGAGGCGAGCACGCUGGCGUCGGGCGCGAGCGAUCUGCACGCGGCGGUGGAGGUGGGCAGGAACACGUGCGGAGAAGCGUCGCCCGUGCUAGAAGCGCGACAGCUCGUGGACGGGGUUCGCUCGACGGGCGCGGCGGGGCACGCUGAGCCGCGGCUUAUCGUCGAGGCGUUGGUGGUGCGGAAGAUGUCGAUAGAGGAGGCGACGCUGGACUUUAGUCGGUUCGCGCUCAUCUGAAGGUUUGGCGUCGGGUGUGGGCGCGGUUUCC